AUGGCCUCAGAAGCACCGUAUGAUCCCUAUAUACCAGCUGGCGGACAAGGCGGCGCACAGCCAGCUAGCAACCAGAGAACAGCUGCUUUGCAAGCGCAAAUCGACGAUACUGUCGGUGUCAUGCGUGAAAACAUCAACAAGGUGUCACAGAGAGGCGAGCGACUAGACUCGCUGCAAGAUAAGACCGACAACCUCGCCGUCUCGGCCCAGGGCUUCCGGAGAGGUGCCAACAGAGUCCGGAAACAGAUGUGGUGGAAGGACAUGAAGAUGCGCAUGUGUUUGAUCGUCGGCAUCAUUGUGCUUCUCAUUGUCAUUAUUGUCCCAGCUGGUAUGAUGCUCCCAUUUCCCUCCCGGACCAUAACAUCAGCGCUGACUUGUUUCAGUGGUCGCUACCCGAUAAAUGCGGAACCCCGUCCUGAACGAGACCCGAACACUUUUACUUGGAACAGUUAUGACAGCACAGUCUUCCCAGCGUUGGAGGAAACACUUGAAAGCGAGAACAACAGCAAAUGCGAAAGCGUCAUGCGAGCUCUUUUCUGA